AUGUCGUCGCCGUCCUCGGCCAGCCCAUCCCGCGCGUCGCUUGCGCGUGUGUUGGCUGAGGCGCGGCAGGGACGGCUGUCACGACAUGCCUCCUCGGUCCAGCUGCAGCGGCACCUCCUUCGGUGGUUUCCACGGGGCCUCUGGUCAUUCAUCUACCGGGCAUCAUCUCGUGGGGGGCCAGGCAUAGCCGCGAAGGCAAAUGUAUACCGCCGGUUUUGCAGGAACCCGCCUCGUGUGUCACACGAAUGGACCGCGGCGCUGCAGCUCGUGGAGCUUGCCUGUUUAGUGGACACAAUGCCGGGCACCUCCCUGUCGAAGGUGCACUACGAAGCAGAACUGCCAGCAAGCACACCUACACCCGAAUCGGACUCAGUGGUGCAGGCGACGGAGCAUCUUUUGCGGUAUGGUGUAUUUCCGCCAUCCGGCUGGGCGCUGACGCUGCGGCUCCUCCAUAUGUGGCGGGCGAGACAGCCAGGCGCACGACUACAGGUGUUCCCGACCUCUCUCAGUCCUCCUGCUGCAGCACAGCUGCUGCACCACAUCAGCCUCGCCCCACCGUCGCAGCAAGCGUGGCAGGAUGCACUGUGUCUCUACCACCUCUGCGCCACAGAGGUUCACACCCCAUCCACCAACGGCCAACCUUUCUCCACCAAAAAAAUAGCGCCUCCGUCACCGCCGAGGAGCACGGCAUAUACGGCGGCCCACUCUGCCUUCCUGAAGGCACUGCGCCACAUGACCCUCACGACUUUUCUGCAGGCCGAUGAGUGGGAGAGAGGACUCCACUUUUACUAUCACACCCUCUAUCAACGUGACUUGCCAGGCCCCAUCACGACAUCGUACUUGGUGCAGCAGCUGGGCCGCGCCGGGCAGUGGGAGGCGGUGCUCCAGGUGUAUGAGCUGUGCGUGAAGUUGCUGCACGCGCAACGGCACCAACGCGAGCAGCAGCAGCGGCUGUCCCCGCAUGAGGACGACUGGUUGUCGCGGCAGUGGGGGACCACGCUGUCGAUGGCGAUGGCCGCGGCACAAAACUCUCCUAGCGCCCCAACGAACACUCUCGCCGCAAUGGUGCGGCACCUGCAGCCGGGCAUCGGCACCACAUCCACCCUAUCCACCGACGUGACUGGAGCCGCUUCAUCUUCCUCUCCUCCUCUAGUGCGACUGAGCGGCCACUUUCUCUCCGCUCUGCAAGCGCUCCCGUCGGAGAAGGAUCGUUUGGCGGUGCUGGAUCUCGCCUGGAGCGGAUCUCUGCUGGACAUCUUCAAGCUCAUUCGAGGCCUUAUCUCAAAGCACAAGUGGGAAGAGGCAUUGCUGCUGUUCGACGAAGGCAUGCGCUCCACGGCGGUCCGCACGUUAAGCCCAGAUCCUCGAGGUGUGGGCGCGCCAGCACCGCACGCAUCUGCGGAGCCCACCAUUAGGAAACCGCCUGCCCUUUCUCGGAGAGAGAUCGGAGAGGCACGGCUCGGCUUUCUUCACGAGGUCACCAUCGACUCGGUGACCGCGGUCGUGGCGGCGCUGAAUCGGCACCGCAGCGUAACAGGGAGGCGACGAGUCGGCGCCCAGCGAGAGGGCGAAGGCGCCCCCCGCUCUCCUAGCGCGGCUGAAGUGACCUCGAUGCGGCUGAUGCUGAAUGACCGGGAGGUGGAAUGUGUUUUGUCGAAAACGUUGGCGCUGAGAGAGGCGGAACAUCGCGUUCUCUCCCCCGCGGCGCUUGGGACCCGCGAGGACUUCUGGCGCUACUGCCUUGAAGUCCUCGCUUUCAACUACGGUGCACUGCCCUGUGGCGACACGAGUGCGGAGGUGUCUCGCUUGCCUGAACACGCGAACGAAGGGCACAGCUCCCCUCCUCGUUCACCGCGCCGUACACCGACACUGGCGGCGCUGUCGUUCCUGCUGCGUCACCCACAGCUCCCCUGGCAUGUGGCUCUGCGACUCCUUCGGCAUUACGGUGUUUUGGAGACGUGUUCAAAUGAAAGAGCUGCUGCGAGCACUGGCACCACAGACCGCCGCGCUGCACCACCUUCAUCGGUGGUUCAGAAGACCAGGACGUCCUCCGCGCCAACGCCACGUUCGCUGACGUUGGCUGCCGCUGUGGAGCUCCUCCGCAUUCAGGGACAACCCCAAGCAGCGGAGAAGCUGGCGCUAGAGUCGCUAGACAUGGAGAUGGCAGAGAAGAGUCUCGGCACGAGAGCUGUCAUCUCACUCUCUGCGGCACUGCUGGAGGUUGCGCAGUACCCAACCCUGCGGAGCGUGCUCCUGGAAAGGGAAGAAGAGAGGCUGACAGUGGAGGGGUCAACGCUGUUCCACGUACUGCGCGAGAGCACGCGUGUAAGAAGGACUCAGGCGGAGGGCCACGCUGAUGAUGAAGUUCAUGGGACGUCCUGUGGAACUGUCAACUCUUCUGCGCCUCCCUGGUGGGCGGGCAGCACCGCCUUCUUCCACCACCCGAGCGGACGUGCCCUCACAGUGGUGUGGCUGUUGAUGCAGCGCCGCAUGCACCCUCGUAUGGCCACCACUGAUGCGGCGAGGCAAGACGGCUCUGAAAGUUUGCUGGCGUCUCUGUUUCUCUGCGUACCUCCACCGCCAACAGCCUCCGUCGCCGCUGCAGGCUUGGCGGCCCCUCUCCACUCGUGGCUCCUGGCAUACCCCGUAGCCGUACACUGCGAGGUAGUGCGCGUCAUCAAGUGCCUGACUUCGCCGUCGGCACCGUUCAUCUCGUCCACUUCCUCUUUCCCCGAGGCAGGUCUGUGCUACACAAAGCGGUGGGUAUGGACGCGGCGCUACCUGGCAUCUCUUGCAGCGCACUUCUCUGCGCCUUGCACCGACACAGGGGUGCGUAACGAGGAGGAGUCUUUCGUAGAGAACGAGCCUGGCCAUGCAGCAGCCGAUGCGGUGGCAAGGGAGGCCUAUUACGGUGCCACCUUCGAGGCAGUCGUUUCUCUUUUGGACACGGCGGUGCCGGGGGCCCCCGACUCGCACGAUGGGGUAAGCCAACGGAUGCAAAUGGAUGCAUUCACUGCUGCAACGGUCGCGGGACAGGACGAAGAUGCUCCGCGGAGUUCUGCGCACCGGGUCCAGCAGCUGCACCAACUGCUGGAGCGCGCUAUUGUGCGCUACGGAUGCCUGCCGCCGACGCACAUGCUCUUGCCAAACCAGCUAGACCGCCUUUUGCCCCCGCUGCCGCGUUCAAGACUACCCGCCACUGAUGUGAGGGUUGGAGAGAAGGGAUCACGACAUGACUGCGUCGACCGUGAUGGCGCAUGCGCGGAGCGCUGCGCGGUGGCGCUUCACUUGGUCCGGCUCGUUUUGGGUGCGCUCAAGGACGCGGGGGCACACUAUUCUGUGGAACCGGUGCUGCUGCACAACCUUCUGAAGCUCUGCUGCCGUGUCGCCGAGCAUGACCAGGCCUCUUUGACGACUGCUAAGGGGGCAACAGACUCUGGCGUUGACAGCAGCGCUGAAGUCAGCAGAGCUGGCGCGAUGUUGGUGCAGCUGCAAUGUGAGCUGUGUGGCCUGCAGACAGUACGCCCGGGCACCCUCUCGCUCCUGUACCACUUGUGUGCCGCUGCACAGUCACGCGCCAGCUCUUACGGCCACACUGUCCCACGACAGGUGGCCCUCGAGACCACUCGUUACCUACUAGCGGCGCAGUCCGCGGCGGCUGCGCGGAAGGAUCAGCAACAUCAAUGGCAGGAGGGUGCGCUGCCGAGCGCCACGUCGGCCUUCACCGCGUCAUCGUCGCAACUCCAAAGUGGGCAGCAGCGCCUCGACCCGCUACGCCCCCUUUGUGCAGUGCAGGCGCGCCACUGCGAACUCUUCUUUUCGCUGUUGGGGUGGGAGGACGCGCUGGAGGUGUGGUAUCGCGCUUAUCCCCACGAAGUCCUCACUCAGCUUUCGAGAAACCCACAGGCGGUGGAGGCGUGCCUUAGCCUUGGUGAGAGCAGUCAACUCUGA